AAAUUCUCCACCACCACAGCUUCUAUUUGCCUGCAAGCCCAUUCCCCACCAGCGAAACAGACGCAGCCUCCAUGCCAUCCAUGGCCACUGUGCAUGAUGUAAUGCUGUCCAACUCAGUUUGAAAAAGCGGCGGUGAAGCUGUCUGUCUUUCACCUGACCAACAAACUCUUUUCCUUCUCUUUGUCAUUCAAUCUUUUUGUUUCCCUCUCUUCUCUUCUCUUCUCACUCUCCUCUCCUCUCCUCUCCUCUCCUCCUUUUUUCAAUUGAAUCUCUCUCCUACAGCAACAAUUUUCCUCCUCCAUCUCAUACCUCUAUACCCCCUCCCCUCUCCUCCUCAACACCACCACAAUGGCUCCCCUCAAGCUCAGCUCCAAGAAUCUCUCCCAGAUCGCCUCCACCGCGGGUGAGCACAAGGUACAAGUCCCCAGCUAUACGCGCGGAGAUGCGGUGAAAGAAGGGAUUGUGCACGUCGGGGUGGGCGGCUUCCACCGCGCCCACCUGGCCGUGUACGUUGACCAGCUGAUGCAGAAGCACGGCGAGAAGAACUACGCCAUCUGCGGCGUGGGGCUGCAGCCGUUCGACGCGGCGAUGCGGGACGCGCUGGGGGCGCAGGACCACCUGUACACAGUGAUCGAGCGGUCGGCGAAGGGUAGCUUCGCGCACGUUGUGGGGGCGAUCAACUCGUACCUGUUCGCACCGGACAACCGCGAGGCCGUCAUCGCCAAGAUGGCGCACGCCGACACGCACAUCGUCUCGCUGACCAUCACCGAGAGUGGUUACUACUACAACGAAAACACCCACGAGCUGCAGAGCGAGCACCCGGACAUCCAGUACGACCUCGACCCCGCCCACGAGACCGCCCCGCGCACCACCUUUGGCUUCCUGUACGCCGCGCUGCGUCGCCGGCACCAGCACGGCCUGCGCCCGUUCACCGUCAUGUCGUGCGACAACAUGCAGAAGAACGGGUCCAUCACCCGCCACAUGCUCGAGUCCUUCGCCCGCCUCAAGGGCGACGCCGCCGUCGCCGACUGGAUCGCCACCCAGGGGGCCUUCCCCAACGCCAUGGUCGAUCGCAUCACCCCGCAGACCUCCGCCGCCGACAAGACCGCGCUGGCCGACACCUUCGGCAUCGAGGACAGCUGGCCCGUCGUGACCGAGCCGUUCAUGCAGUGGGUCAUCGAGGAUCAGUUCGCCGACGGCCGCCCCGCCUUCGAGAAGGUGGGCGUGCAGGUCGUCAAGAACGUGCACGACGUCGAGCAGUUCGAGAAGCACAAGCUGCGAUUGCUGAACGGCUCGCACUCCGCCCUGGGGUACCCGGGCCAGCUCGCCGGGUUCAAGUACGUGCACGAGGUCAUGGAGAACCCAACCUUCAACAAGUUCGUGUGGCAGAUGAUGCAGGAGGAGGUGAAACCCCUGCUCCCCGAGAUCCCCGGGGUGGACAUCGACGAGUACUGCCGCACCCUCAUGGGCCGCUUCGAGAACCCCACCAUCAUGGACCAGCUGCCGCGCAUCUGCCUCAACGCCUCCGGCAAGAUCCCCCAGUUCAUCAUGCCCUCCAUCGCCGAGGCCAUCUGGGUCAAGGCCCCCUUCAAGAAGCUGUGCUUCGUCGCCGCUGCCUGGUUCCGCUACGUCAACGGGGUCGACGAUGCCGGCCAGGAGUUCACCGUCGACGACCCCAUGCGCGAGGAGCUCCAGACCAAGGCCCGCGCCGGCGGCACCAAGCCCCACCAACUCCUCAGCAUCAAGUCCCUGUUCGGUGAUGACCUACGCACCGACGAGCGCUUCCUCGCCGAAAUCACUCGGGCGAUGGAGGAUAUCGCUCGCGACGGUAUCCUCAAGACGCUCGAAAAGUACGUGGACUAAGUACGCUCCACGCUCAACCACUAAAUUAAAAGCUUAACGAUAUGGGCACAACUCCCAUUUGGGACAUACUAUAAUCGGUCGGGGGUAUGAUUUUUUUUUUCGGAGAUUCUGCAAGCGUUGGUUUCUUUUUUGUGUGUGGAAAUAUAUAUAGUUACACUUUUUUUUCGCGUUUGUCAUGGACUGGCAAUUUGGCUCUCGGAUAUGUGAUGCGUCAUGCGGGAUUGAGUUACGAACGAGAAAACUCGUUGCGUUGCACUUUGCAUAGAGGAUAGAUGAUGAUAGAUUAAGUUUGAUUUCUGUUUAUCUGACGGCAGAUAGUAUCCUUUUUUUCAGUACUAAGCUUAGUUUCCAUACUAAUUUGCAUGAUUUCUUGGGUGGGUGGACAUCGCCU